CCCGGAGCCACCGCCUCAGCUUCGCUCCGCUCCGCUGAGCCCGCCCCCACCCCGGCUGGGCUGGACACGAGCGCUGCCGACCCCGGCUCCGCCGUGCCGGUCGGACGUUUCUCCUCCUCCUCCGCGGCGGCGGGAGCGCAGGUGCGAGCUGCGCAGGGCGGCAUCGCGGUCACCACCGUUAUCGGGCAGGCGGCCCGGCCCGGUGCUACCGAUAGGGGCUCGCUCCCUGAUAAGCGAUGAUUUCCCGUUGCCUCCCCGCUGCACUAGGCCGGUGUAACUCCACAAGGUGCCAGUGAUUGAGGCCUGGGGAGUAGGAGUCCCGCAGAGGAACCUACCUGCCUACCCACCCACCCACGGCCUUGCGGCUGAUGUAUUUAUUAUCCCCGAGUAGAUGUGCAAAGUCAACACCGGGGACAACCGGCCCUUAGACCCGCAGGACCAGACGAUUUAGUGCCCAUCUAAAAAUCUUCAUCGCUUUUGCUAAGGGAGGAAGCUGAUGGUCAUGUUUGCUGGCCAUUUACGAGCACGAGGUGUUGAAUCAUUUCAGUUAUUACAACAAGAAACCGGUUUCAGGGGGCCCCGCUCCGUGCAGCGCUGUCGCCCUUCGCGGUCCCGAAUCUUGCACAAAGUUGAUGCUCCAGCUUGCUUGUAAACUCGCGAGCCGCGCUCUGGGCCCGAUGGGAGCCGCUCGCAAUGGCGAGCAAUACGGGAAGUAAUCCAUUCCUUCCCAGCCAGAAAGCCAUGGCCUCAGAAAGUCCUCGAGCAAAGAAAUCUGAAGAAGAGACAUUUUAUGUGAACUGCAGAGCAGCUUAUCUAACUGUUUUUAAAAGCAGCUUAGAAAACAUUAAAUCAAAGGAACAACUCUGUUUAGUACUACAACAGGCUGGAAGAAAUCCAUCUCAGAAGACAGUUAAUAAGUACUGGACUCCCCAGACAACUACACUGAAUUUUGAUGAUUUUUGUGUUAUCUUAAAAAAAGAAAAACCAGCUACAAAAACAGAUUUGCUCCAAGCAUUCAUAAAAUUAGAUAAAAAUAAUGAGGGAACUAUUUUGCACCCUGAACUUCAUAAAAUUCUUACAACAAGAGGUGAGAAAAUGACCGCAGAUGAAGUCAAUGCUAUUACUAAAUUGGCUGAUGUAAACAGUGGUGGCAAACUUGACUACAAAAAGUUUUGUAACUUAUACAUGGCAACCAAUGAGCAGUGUUGCAAAACUGCACUUGAGAAGCUGGAAGUGGACACUAGAGUGAUGCGUCAGCAGUUUGGAAGUCAAGUUGAAAUUUCCACUGAAGGGGCCACCUCACCAAUAUCAAAGCCAUCACCAAGAACUGCAAGGAAAACUGAUCACAAGGCAACACCAAGAAGAGGUGAAAACAGAACCUCUUCAAGACCCUCAUCAGCUCAAGGUUGUAAAGCAUCCAUUUCUUCCACUAUGAGCAUGGGUGCCAGCAGUAACAAAAAUUCAAAGCUAAUUGAGCCAAACACAGUAAAGGAAUGGCAAUGUGCACAGUCCAAAGGAUGCUUUUACUUAGAGGAAGAUGGUACAAUCAUUAGUCAUAGCUAUAGGAUGCACUUACUUCAGAAAUCAACAGUGUGUAUCACCAUUAAACCUUUAAGUCUUAGCCAGUUAGAAGGGAAACCUUCCCCAUGGUUAUCAGUGGACACAGCUUUGUAUGUUCUGAAGGAAAAUGAAAGCCAGGAAAACCUACAGCUUGUGGGCUUGACUGAUCAGCAAAAUAAAGAGAUGUAUGGGUGGAAAGGGGAACUUGGAUCUGGAUUUUACUGGCUACUUCCAUUCACAACUGGCUGUAGGCUCAAGAAGGUAAAGAAGCAAAUAACUAGAGAAGUGAAACUGGUUUAUAGAGGGGAAGAUGGAGAGUUGGGCCUUACUAAAGAGUUCAGAACAGCUUUAUCAAAUAUAUUUGAAGUGAUUGAUUUAGAUGGGAAUGGCCUACUGAGCUUGGAUGAAUAUAAUUUCUUUGAACUAAGGACUAGUGGUGAGAAAUGUGAUGAGGAAGCCUGGGCUAUAUGCAAGGAGAAUUUUGACACAAAGAAGAAUGAGCUAACAAGGCAGGGCUUUAUGGAUCUGAAUCUCAUGGAGGCUAAUGACCGUGAAGGGAAUCCCAGUGACCUUUGGGUUACUUUAUUGUCCCUGGGUUUCAAUAAAGCAUUGGAAAUGACAGAGGCAUGCCCCUUUGUCAUUGACAUCUAUGCAGAAAAAUGCAAGCCAAGAAUUAAACCUGUUCAUCUAGAGGCAAACAGUGGGCAGCUUAACAGAGCCAUUUGCAAAUCUGUUGUUAACCAAGGAGAAGCCAAAGUAAUGGAUGGAUGUGAAAGUAUAAUUGUCCACACCUACAGAAGUGAGGCCCGGAUCACUUCUGUUAUUGAAAAUAAGUCUGAAAACAAAGUGAUUAUUCAUGUCAACAAUGAGCAGAGUAAGAAUUGUAUAAAUAAUAGGGGACUCAACAUUUUUGCAGUAGAAGUGGCACCAAAAUCCAUGAUGGUUUGUCAGCACGUGAUGCCUUUGAAUGAACAAGAAGAAUGGAUAUAUAAUUGCACUCAUUCUCUCUUACUUUAAAUAGUUCUCUCUCAGAACUAAUAGAACAAGAACUAAACCAGGAUUUUUUGUGAUGUAUAGACCAAUGAAUUAAUCUUGUUGACUUCAGAACGAAGAUAUGUGCAGAUCAGUUGUUCCAUAUUUGUGCUUUGCUCCCAUGAUUUCAGCAGUUCAGGCCAAUGAGUCAUAAAUCUACUUAUUUACUCUUGACUUCACCCUUGGCUUAUUGGGACUGCAAAGUCUAGCCACAAGCACUUCUGAUUUAAGGGAACUAGAAAUAUAAACAUUUUCAUUUACAUAAAGUGAGUAUCUUUACUCUACUCUUCCUUGUGAAGAAAGUCUUGAGAGUGAGUAGGGAUAAAAUAAUCACCUGGCCUGCAUACUUCUGCAACAGAAGUGACCACAUAUGUACAUAUACUAUUUUUUUAUAUGAAGAAUGAAUCAUUAGUUUCUCAGCUUAUUCUAAAGAAUCAUCUUACUACACCCUUCCACAAAUACUUAGCAGGCUGUAUGCAUAAUGGUAGAUACAUUAAGAAGGGCCAGAGUUGCAAGUGACUGGUUCUAAGAUGUGCCUCAAAAACAACAAAGGUAGUGCUACCAGCAGCCUCUCCUCCUGCCAGCUGGACAGUCUUACAGUUUGCACCUUCCUCUUCCUCCUCUAGCACCAUCCAUCUAGAUGCCCCACCACUAACGGAUCUAAUGUCAAAAAGCACACAUUUGUUUUAAACACCUUACUCACUCUGGAUGCCAACUUUGAGUUCUCUUCUCUUUUAAAUCAGGCUUUGGAAAAUCCAGUUUCUUCUUCAACAUCUCUAAAACCUGUCCCUUACUCUUUCUUUGUGUCACUUUGCCACAGUGACGGGCUUUGGCCUUACCUUUUGCCUUGAUUAAUGUAACUGCCCACACACUGCCCUGUAGACAUCAACCUUUCCUCACCUACCCAAAACACUGCAACCAAAAUAUUUCUUUUUAGAUACCACCCCCUUGAAUCCCUGGCAUCCACACAGCUCAUGUGACAUGUACUCCACUCAGUGCUGAGGAUCUCUAUUUUCCUUUUAUACCACCUGUUAUAUACUAUGCUUUUUUUUCUCCUCCUUAAAGUUUCCUUUGUCUCCCUCUCUUAAGAUAGACUUCAUGCAGCUUCCUCUUCCAUGUGUACCAGCUACCAUCUCUUUCUCUUGUGGCCACCUACUUAAACCACACACUUACGCUGGCCUUUUCCCUGUCCCCGUGGGCAACUGGUGCCACCAUAGACCAGUCAGCGACUGGGGGGGUUUCCCCCUGGCUGAUCUUGCUGACCAGAGGUGGGGGCGGGGGGGUCCCCUAGUGGGCGAUUGCUGCGGUCGAUUACUGAAGCCACUUCCAGAAGUGGCUGCGGCUACCACUGGGCACUCCAGUCCCCGGCUGGUGCUUGCACUGGGGGCACCAGCGCUCCUGCUGGACCCCCCGCCCAGCCAUGCUCACCACUUAGGGGGUGCACCAGUGCUCUCAGGGAGUGCACGUGCACCCCUGUGCACCCCCUACACAUCACCACUGCCCCCACCUGAGCCUUAUCUGUUUGUGUGGUGCUUACCUAAUUGAAAUCAUUAGUUACUGAUGGACCAAGACCUUAUUUUCCUGGGUGUUUGCAAAGUGUCAGCUAUAAAACUAGUAUCACAGGAAUGAUCCUGUUUGUUUGUGGUAGUCUUGAAGUGGCAUUGUUUAUUUGAAUAUUUUAGUGCUGUAUGCUUUACUAUUAAAAUGUCAAGCCUUUUUAUAUUUAUUGUGUUGUCUCUGUUUCUGCUGUAUAUCCAGAAAGCAGAAUCUAUGCUAUAAAUACCACUGAACACUAAUAAAAAAUGUGGAUUGCAAUACAUUUUUAAUAAGGCAGAGGUAAAAUACCACUACCAAGACAAUACAUUAAUUUACUUUCAUCUGUCUUAGUACUUUACGCCUAGAAAUACUGUACAUGAGCUAUCCUUUGUAAUUACAAUGUACUGGAUAUGAAAGUUAUUUUCCAUUCAGAAAGGUAAAUUGACAUUUAUACAAGCUGUAUAAGAUUUGAAGAAAACACAUUAGUGUGAACAUUUAUUGAGAGGGGGCAAUAAUGGGAAAUG